AUGGAGCACGGGUUCCCAGAUCACUAUGGCCAGCGGUUCACGCGGACGCUGCACCACAAGGCAGAAGGGCCGACACUGCCAGAGAAUAAUCCCCUGUCGUCGUUCAUCGUGGUGGUGACGGGCGCUGGGAAAGGGUUGGGAGUCUACAUCUCCCUCGCGUAUGCGCGCGCCGGGGUCAAGGGGAUCUGCAUCUCGAGCCGCACGCAGAGCGACCUGGACGCGCUGGAGAAGCAACUGAAGGAGGUGAACCCGUCGGUCGAGAUCCUCUCGGAGAUCUGUGACACGACAGACCCGAAAGCCGUGCAGGCGCUGGCGGAAAAAGUGCGAGAGAAGUGGCAGGGGAGGCUGGACGUGGCGAUCGCCAACGCCGGGGUCAUCUCCAAGUACCUGUACGACACGGACGCGAAGACGGGCGAGAAGACGAACCGGCGCCUCCCCUCGGGGAUCGUCGAGGACGACGACUUCCAGCGCGUCAUCGACAUCAACCUGCUGGGCAGUUACUACGUGGCCAAGUACUUCACGGCGCUGCUGGUGGCGCCCGAAAACCCCAGCGCGGUCCGGGCCUACGUCGUCAUCACGAGCAUGGCCGCCCAGGUCACCGACAGCAGCUUCCUGCCCGUGGCGUACAACGUGGCCAAGUUCGCCAACAACCGCAUGGUCGAGCACAUGGCCACGGACCACAAGGCCGAGGGCCUCCUGGCCUUUGCCGUGCACCCGGGCGCCGUCCUCACGCCCCAGACCGAGAAGCACUCGAACGAAAAGGGCGACGCGUGGGACUCGCGCCUCACAGACGACAUUGGCCUGUGCGGUGGCUGGUUGACCUGGCUGACGCGCGAGCGCAGGGAGUGGCUCAGCGGGCGGUACCUCAGUGUGACGUGGGACGUUGAGGAGUUGGAGGCCAUGAAGGACGACAUUGUGCGCGAGGAUAAAUUGAAGUUCAGGAUGGCCGUCUGA